AUGUCGCCUGCUCUCCCUGACCUCUUGGCAUCCUCGUGCUCUGUAUCGCCCUCUCAGAAAUUUGUGCGUCUGGUGGGUGGAGAUGGUCUCUGUUCUGGAAGGUUGGAGGUGAAGUCCAGUCAGUCCUGGGUCUCAGUGUGUGAAUCUGACUUUGACCAGCAGGAUGCCGUGGUGGUCUGUAAUGAGAUUGGCUGUGGGGCUCCUGUAGUUCUACAGGGGGGGCUCUAUGGAGAAGAUCUUCUGGUCCAGCCUAAUAUCUACCUGACUGACUCAAUGGGAGGGGUCUCCAGGGGUCACCAGGAGUCUGAGAUGUUCAGGGGUUACAGCUUCACCAUCACCUGCUCCACUCAGCCACAGUACCCAGGAGGCUCCUUCCUCCUCAAGUUCAUCGGCUCCAACAGAACCCAGACCCAGACCCAGCCAGCUGUCAAUCACUCAGCUGUCUUCCUCUUCCCUGCUGCAGACGACUCCCACCAAGGAAACUACAGAUGUGUUUAUAGCAAUUAUGUUUUCUCUCAUAACUUCUCGUCUGAGGGUCAGCUCCUCUUCCUCACCAUCACAGCCUGUCUUCUGUCAGCCUUCAUCAUCAGACACAUCUUAGGGCUGCUCAUUCUAUUGACAGCCCUCAUCAUCCUCUUCCUGUACCACAAGACCACCAGGAGGCAGAAGAGAGUGAACAAUGUCAAUGUCUUGGAGAUGGUCUCUCUGGACUCCAGAGCUGAAUCCGAGCGGGGAGAGGAGACAGAAGACCAGGGGAGGGAGUCGGAUGAUGUUGACCCUACAUGCCGAAGACCAGGGGAGGGAGUCGGAUGA